UGCGCAAAAGACGCAGUGUCGCGUCUGAGGGUUACUUGUUGAAUGCAUUACUAUUAUAGCAAGGUUUUUACAUUUAUUCGAGAUUGAUAAAAACGUACCAGCUUCUUUCCUGUAAGAGCAGCCUUCCUGAAGUCAAUCUGCUUCAUCCUGAAAGAUGCGGGACCGAACUAAAGAUCUGGGAAAUAAAGCAGAGUCUUCAGAUGAAGAGGAGGAAGACAGAGCUCUCAUGAAACCUGGAGCCUCCUCAGUCAAAGAGGACAAGGAGAGAGAAGCCAUCCUGAAAAAGGCUCAAGAAAUCUUCGAAGGCCUGCAGAGUCUCAGGAGUUUGGUGUCAAAUCUUGAGAAUAAACAGAAAACGGUGCUCGGCCAGGCACUGCCAGAAGAGAGUAUGAAGAAAGAGUUACAAACUCUGCGUGAUGAAAUAAAAACAUUGGCAGGCCAGAUCCAGAAGAAGCUAAAGAGUAUUGAACCCAAGAAGGGAGAGGAGGAUGGGAAAUAUGUUUCUAUAACCAUUCGGAUGCAGCGCACACAGCAUGGCGUCCUAUCCAAACAGUUUGUGGAGCUGAUGGGUCAUUGUAACACCAUCCAGUCCCAGUACAGAGACCGAAAUGUGGAGAGAUUACAGAGGCAACUGAAAAUCACUGGGACCAACGUGGCAGACGAGGAGCUGGAUACAAUGCUUGAAAGUGGCCAGACUGAUGUUUUCACUCAAAACAUCCUGAGUGAUGCUAAAGCUACGAAGCAGGCUUUAAAUGAGAUCGAGUCAAGACACGAUGAGAUCAUAAAGCUGGAGCGGAGCAUCAGAGAUCUACAUGACAUGUUCCAGUAUCUGGCCAUGGAGGUGGAGGCUCAGGGUGAGAUGGUUAAUCGGGUUGAAGCGAACAUCAAUCAAUCUACUAACUAUGUGGAGAAAGCCAAGGACAACGUAGAAAAAGCAGUCACCUAUCAGCAAAAAGCACGCAGGAAAAAGCUAUGGAUUGCCAUCUGUUUGGCUAUCUUAAUCCUCAUCUUAGUCAUCUCGUUGGUCGCCACAUUCGGCACCUAACACCUGUAAGACAGCAGCAACAGGAUUCAUUCAUCAUGUCAGGGGAUUUAAAAUAAUUCCCGCUCUCUUGUAAAUAUGAGCCCAUGAGAUGUCAGAACUUCACCUAUCACCUAAUUUUUGCAUUUCAUGUUCUUUCAACUUCCUAGUUCUUUUUUCAUUUUUAAGAAGAGAUGUGCUCUCUUUUUUUAAUUGAAAUUUAAAAUGUUAACAAUUUUGCCUGCUUUGCUGACUUCACAUCGAAGGCAGAGUUGUUGGUUAGUGUUCCUUCUUCUCCCUUUACUCGUCAGACUUUGGACUAUGACCAUACAAACUGUUGGGUCUGUGCCACUUCCUCUUUGGCUUUGGAAAAAAGGGGGGAAAGUGGCCGGGAGCAAAGCACAAUGCAGUAUUGAACCUGACACUGGCGCUGAACAUACUGUACUCAGGAAAAAUGUUUGUAGAUUCUUGUUACAUUUGUGUUGUUGUUUUUUUUUUUUUCAAUGGAUUUGAGGCACAAAAACACACCUAUCAAUUGAACUUGUGUGUAUAAACCAUAUUGUAGAUAAUAUAUAUUGCUGAGAAGUCACAUUUUAUGCAGAUGAUUGUUUUUAACUUGAAUUUUCACACUGCCAACACAUGGAGCAUGAAAUCAAAUUCUUUUCAUGGACAAAUAAAAUUACCCAAGUGACUCGGAGGUGCAGUCAAGUUUCAAGUCCAACUACCCAUUUGUUACCUAUUCUACCAGUUUGUAUUCAUACAAAAGUCAAACAUUGUGUGAACUGCUGUGAAACGUUUGCAACAUAGUGGUUUUUCUUUUUCCAUCUGUUUUUUUUAUUAUUAUUAAGCAGAAAAUUAUGAUGUGCACUAACCUGGUUGAGAGAAGAAGUGCUUCCACUUAGUCACCUAGUCUUGGAUUCACCUGAAACAUAAUAUUUGACUUAUUUUUCCUCACAUAACUUAAAGUCUUGUGCCUUAAUGGUUACUUGUUGAUUUUCAUUAAAACAAAGUCCUGAAGCAGGACAGAGCAUUCAGACCUGCUCUGCACCACAGUGUAGCAAUAGAAAAAUGUAAAAAAGAAAAAAAAGUAAACCUUUGUCAAACUGGGAUAGCUGCUACUGCAUCAUUUUAUGACUAUUAAAUUCUUCACCCCUAUUGUUUUAAUGUAGAUUGUUUUUAAAAUAAAAGUAUUCCUAUA